UUUGUAAAUUUACCGGUGUUCAGAGACGAUUGUCAUUUGUGUGACGGUGUCAUCUAUGAUGUUAUUAUCUUGAUAUUAUCCCAAUUAUUUGUUGUAUGAUAGUGACAAAUUCUUAGGAUUACCCUACCAUUUUUUUUAAAACACAUUUUGGGGAGUACUUAUUUUUCUUCCUCCAAAUGGCAAGACCACCCGCAGAAAAAAGAGUGGUAGAAAAUCUCACGAGGAAAAAACGGUCUCCUCUAAGACCUCUCUCAACCAUUUGCAGACUCUUUUCCCACUCUCGCCUCCGUAUACCAUUAUUGAUGCCAAUCCCUUAGCCGUCGUCCGAUGGUCUCCGUCGUCGCGGGCGGUGUAGAUAUGAAUCCUACCAACCCGACGCCGGUGGAUUCUACCCUCACCGGCUCCGCCGUCACCUUCCAGCCUCCACCCAGCCACCGCAUUCUCGAGAUCUGCCUCAUCUCCGCCCGAGACCUCUCCCCCGUCUCCAAGCCCCUCCGCACUUACGCCCUCAUCUGGAUCCACCCCAACCGGAAGCGAUCCACCGGAAUCGACCAAGACGGCCACACCAGCCCCGCCUGGAACGACAAAUUCUCGUUUCGCGUCAACGACGACUUCCUCUGCUCCGAUCAUUCCGCCGUCCAUGUCGAGAUCUACACCUCGUCCUGGUUCCGCGACGCCCUCGUCGGCACCGUCCGCGUCGCGAUGAGCAAUCUCAUCUCUCCCAUGGCCGUCAAUGGCCAGAGAUUUGUCGCUCUCCAGGUUCGCCGCCCGUCCGGGAAUCAUCAGGGAAUUCUGAAUUUGGCUGUUUCCCUGAUUAACCCUAUGAUCUUCAGCAAUUCCAAUCGGGGGGAUGUGUUAGACCUAAAAACGAAAAGGAUAGGGUUGAGCGUGCCGGAUUGCGACGACGUAGACGAAGAUGAAGACGAGGAGAAACAGAAAUUGAACGCCAAAAUCCAACAAUGGCGAGCGAUGAGCGAAGGCCUGUCAGAUGUCAACGUAGAUUUCCCCGGCAAGCCGGGAUCGAUGGUUAACGGAUCGGUGUGCAACGGGUCAAUGGUCAACUACGGGUCGGAAGUUUGCUCCGACAUCGGUCCGUCGGCUUCCAUCGUGGCGGCGGAGAUACUCAGGAAAUCGCAGCUGUCGCCGGUUCCUCCGAAGGAACCGCCGCCGGCGAGAAGGGGGAAGGCGAGAUGCGAGGACGGGGAGGAGAGCUUGAUACUGGAGGACAUGACGGCGGAGGAGGCGGCGGCGAAAGGGCUGAACACGGUGAGCGUGGAACGGUGGAGGACGGCGGGGCCGGGGAAAGCGGUUGCGAAGCCGGGAGGGCAGGAAAAGGACGGCGCCAUCAAGUGCUUCGCGAACGCUUACGGGUUCGAGUUCACCAUAGUUUGCGGGGCCGGAAACGGAAACGGUAACGGUAACGGGAGUAGAGUUACGAAUAAGGCCAGUAAUAAAUCCAGAAAGAAGCCGGAUUAAGUUCAUUAAUCGCAGCUAAUUACACUAAUUAAAAUUUAAUUACUCCGUAUAUAUAUUAAUACUCUCUCUUUUAACACGUGAUUUAGCGCAAGCCCAGUUGGGGAAUGAGAUUUUUGAGGGAUUUAAGUUGCCAUUAUCAUCACCAUCAUAAUGUUAUUGAUGUUGUAACCUAUUAGUCCAAGCUGUUCUUCUUUUGUGUAAAAAUUUUGGUGUAAUUUCUCCUCAAAUUAGUACAUUUUGUGUCUUUGU